CAGCUAAUAAUAUCAAAUGUUUGGCUUAAAUAGUGCUUAUGGCUGCCGUUUUUGUGGCAAUAUAGUCAGCUACAAAUCCUCCAAAGUAAACGAGACGCCCUAUGAUGUCCUAUUGGCCAAGACAUUUAACUUGAUACCAGAGGACAAGGUUAGAGUUACGGAAGGGGAGAAGUUCCAGAAUCUGCACUGCUCCAAGUGCCGCACGGAGUUGGGUCUCCACUGUCUGGAGAGUGAAAAGAAUGGCCAAUUGAAAGGACUGAAGCUGCUCCAGAAGGUUCAUCUGUUGGUGUACGACUCGUAUGAGGUGCCACUUGAAACGUCCUCAUCUCUUGACUGAUGUGGCGUGUAAAAAUAAAGUUUUCCACAAACAAUU